UAGGAUCAUUCGAUGAAAAAACAAAUACAUAAGAUAUUCUUACUUGUGACUUUACUGUCACUAGUAGUAGCUCAAAUAGGAAGUGCGGGUGUCAUUUUCAAGCCCUUGAAUUCCAUAGAGGACUCCCUGAAAGUGAUAAAACAAACUGAAUAUAAUCAUAUCUUAUUUUUCUUUGAUUCACUAGACGUGAAUACUGAUCGGGCUAUGGGUCUACUAAAAAAUAUGGACACGCAAAAAAAAGAUCUAUUAAUAUACAGUGUAGACUGCCGUGAAAACUACACUGCUUGGCUUAGAUCUUGUUUCAGAGUAUCUUAUUUUCCAUCGCUGAUUUUUUUCCAUAAGCUAAGUCAUGGCUCACGAAAAAUAGAAAAUUUUAAUCCAUUCGUCGUUAAACCCCAAGAGCUCCUUUAAAAGCCCAAGGACAAUAAAUAUAUACACAUGUAUAUAUAUUCGCUAUAAUGUGUUAUUCAGUAUUCGACUACAUA